AUUCGGUGAUGGUUGGAAUUUGUAGCUACUAAUGCUGUAGAUGAUUAGUACUUACAUACAUCAUAAAGAUAGCUAGUUUUAUGUCUGCUCGCGAAGCCUGAAAAAUGGCUUCCGAUUUAGAACCAGUACCAGUAAAUUCACAAAAACAUGAUCCAGCAUGGAAGCAUUGUCAAAUGUAUAAAAGUGGCGAUAAGGUUCAACUCAAGUGUAUAUAUUGUGGCAAAAUGUUUAAAGGUGGUGGGAUUCAUAGGAUUAAAGAACACCUCGCAGGUCAAAAAGGUAAUGCGUCUAGUUGUUUAAGGGUGCAGCCUGAUGUUCGUCUGUUGAUGCAAGAGAGCUUAAAUGGGGUUGUAGUGAAGAAGAGAAAAAAACAGAAACUGGCUGAAGAGAUCACUAAUUUCAAUUCUGGUGAGGCUGAUGCUUUUGGGAAUCAAUGUGCUUUGAACACUGAAGUUCUAAUGCUUCCUAUUGCUGAAGCGAUUGAGCCGGAUUCUAGUUUAUUAGUUACACAAGGAGAGGAGGGCACUGCUAGUAAUAAGAGAGGUGGAGGUAGGAGAAAGAAAGGAUGUAGAGUGAGAAAAGGUUUGAAUGUUGUAGCUCUUAAUGAUACUGUGUAUGAUGAUUCAAAAAGGGUUAACCAUCAAGUUAGUUUAGCAAUUGGGCGGUUUUUGUUUGAUGUCGGCAUACMUUUAGAUGCUGUGAACUCCAUAUAUUUCCAACCCAUGAUUGAUGCAAUUGCUUCACAAGGCUCAGGAGUUGUGGGGCCUUCUUAUCAUGAUCUUCGAAGCUGGAUCUUGAAGAAUACAGUUCAAGAAGUGAGAAGUGAUGUUGAUCAAUGCAUGGGGACUUGGGGAAAGAGCGGUUGUUCUGUUUUAGGUGACGAGUGGACAUCAGAAAAUGGUAAAAUGUUUCUGAAUUUCUCAGUGUAUUGUCCUGAAGGACUAAUGUUUCUGAGGUCUGUUGAUGUGACCAACAUAGUUGAAUCUACAGACGCUUUAUUUGCUUUGUUUAAGGACGUUGUGGAAGAAGUUGGAGUGAGAAAUGUGCUGCAAAUUGUUACUAAUAAUGAUGAACAUUAUGUUGAAGUAGGGAAACGAAUUGCUGAUAAUUUCCCUWCCAUUUUCUGGACACCAUGUGCAACUCAUUGUGUGGAUUUGAUGUUAGAGGAUUUCAGAGAACUCGAAUGGAUAAGUACGAUACUGGAACAAGCUAGAUCGAUAUCAAGAUUCAUUUACAAUCAUAGCCUCAUUUUGAAUAUGAUGAGAAGGUACACUUUUGGAGUUGACAUUGUUGUAGUGGGUCCCACACGUUCUUCAACGGAUUUUGCCACACUGAAACGGAUGGUAAGCGUCAAGCACAACCUCCAAUCCAUGGUAACCUCAGAGGAGUGGAUGGAGUGUUCAUACUCCAAGAAAGAAGAGGGAUACGCUACUUUGGAUUAUAUUAGCAAUCCAUCUUUUUGGUCCAUGUGUACAGUAAUUUCCCGACUAACAGAUCCUUUAUUGAGGCUUUUAAGAAUUGUUAGCAGCAAAAACAGACCAGGAAUGGGGUAUGUUUAUGCAGGGGUAUAUCGUGCAAAAGAAGCAAUUAAGAAAGAACUUGUUGAUAAGAAAGAUUAUAUGGUUUAUUGGAACAUAAUAGAUCGUAGGUGGGAACAACUUUAUCGUCAUCCUCUUCACGCUGCAGGUUUUUAUCUUAACCCAAAGUUCUUUUAUAGUACUGAAGGAGAUAUACAUCUUCAGAUCAGGUCAUCAGUCUAUGAUUGCGUGGAAAGGUUGAUUCCUGACACAUCAAUCCAAGAUAAAAUUGUUAAAGAGACAACAUCUUAUCGUGGUGCUGCUGGUGAUUUUGGGAGGAAAAUAGCGAUAAGAGGCAGAGAGACCUUACUUCCUGCUGAGUGGUGGUCAACGUAUGGAGGGGCUUGUCCAAACUUGGCUCGUUUAGCCAUUCGAAUUCUUAGUCAAACUUGCAGUUUGGUUGGGUGUAGGCCAAACAGGAUCCCUUUCCAACAGAUUCAUGAAACAAAGAAUUAUGUUGAACACCAGAGGCUCAGUGAUGUUGUAUUUGUUCAAUACAACAUGAGAUUAAAGCAAAUGUUUUUGAACAAAGAGCAGGAUAAUCCUGAUCCCGUUUCAUAUGACAACAUCAACUCUGUUGAGCCAUGGGUAACAGAGAGGGAGAUUCAAACAGAUGACAUUGGUAGGUCAGAUUGGAUGACAGUUGAUCCACCGUUAGGUAACAUUAUGGUUUUAGGACCCCAAGUUGAUGAUAUUGAAGCCCUUGGUGAAGGGUUUGAUGAUCAUGAGAUUUUUGAUGGGUUGAAAGAUGGUGAAGAUGAAAAUGGUGAAAAUAAUGUACAGCAAGUCGGUAAGCUUUGUUAAUUUUCUUCUUUCGUUUUCUUUCUUAGUUUUGGGCAUCAUAUUCUGUCAAAAUUUGAAGAAAUCGAUUAUUUAUUGCUCUCUCUCAUGUAAAUGUUGUUCUAAUGCCAUAUUCUAUGCUAUAACAAAAAUUCAAGAUUAGUUUCCUCCGCAUGUUUUAAGA